AUGACAACAAAACAAAUUGAUUUGACAGAAAAUAAUAUAAAGGAUAGUUAAGAAAAGCAAGUGAGUGACUGUCCUCAGCAGAAAACUGGUUAGGAACAUCAUUCUGCUUUGCAAAAAAUAAAAGAAAGAUUGACACCACAUUUAAUUAAGAUAUUUAAUCAUAUUUAAGAAUAACCUCAUGAGCGUAAAGCCUUAGUUGUUUUAGGAGCAGGUGUAGUUUAUUUCUUCCUAGGAGUUUUUAGCAUUCAUUUUAAUUUAAGCAUGAUGAUGAUACUGGGAUCAAUCGGAUUUAUUGUGAUUUCUAAGAUUAAAAAAGCAAAAAAAGAAGGUAUAAUUAAUAAGGUUUCUCCUGGGCUUCGUACUCUUUUAUUGAAGAGAUCUAUUUUCGAUAUCCUUUGUGAUUUAUGGUACUUCCCAAUUAUUCCUAAAUAUUUAAAAGCUAUUUUUGGGCCUUUCAUUUUCAAAAAGGAUCCUGAAGUCACUGUGAAAAAUUUUGACUAGCUUCAUCCUAAAUUUAAAUAGCUUGUACUCACUAAGGGUAUGAUCAACGUUCUUCCUGCUGCCUUGAAAAACUUCCUUCUACCUGAAAAUUUACUUGAUAUUAACUCUGACUAAGUCAAUGAUUCUGAUGAGAACUCUGGAAACGAGCAUGGAUAGCAAGUUUCUGCAGCUAAUUUGAGUACCCGUGAUAAUUCAGAUACUUCUAGUAAUGGGUAACAAAGCAACAUACCUUAUUUAAAAGAAAGAAACUUCGUUCACUAUGCUAUUGAAGAACUCAAUAAAAAUGUGUUGUAAAAAAACCAAUAAUAAAAAACCCAACAAUAGCAUGCUCCAGGAACAACUGAGCUCGUUAUAUGCAGCUAAGAUGUAUAAAAUUAGAUUAAAAGAGAAAAAUUAUUAAAAUAUUUGUAAGGAAAUGUCCAAGAAAAAUAUUACAAGGCUCACCACUAUCAUUUUGUUAAAGCUAAUAAAGAAAAAAACAGCUCUUUCUCAUAAGAUCCUCGUCUAUUUUUACUGAAAUUCUUACAAGGAUCCAAGCAUGUCUCUGAAAAAGAAAGAAAAAAUUUAAAGAAAGCCCUAUUUUUAGCCAGCAUCGUAUUGGGAACUCAAUUAUAUUUCUCAAAGCAAUCUCGUCAUUGGCUUAAAUAUACUGUGUUGUUCAUGAUUUACAUGACUGCUAUUACCGUCAGCGCUGGAUCAUUUGUACUUCUUAGCAAACACAAAAAAGCCUCUAAAAAAAUAACCAAUGAAACUAGUCCUCCUUAAGAAGAAGAAAUAUGA